AUGAUAUUCUAACUGAGUUUCACAAAAAUGGGGUCUCUGUCUUUGUAGUAUGUUUCUCUCGCACGUCCCAUCUCCUUCCUUUUUCUCUCUUUCUUUGUUAAUGGAAAUCAACUAAUCGGCGAUCAUCUCUUCUUCUUUGUGAACUGAUCGCUGGGUAAUUCUAUAAUGCCAACCUUCAUUUUAAGCUUCCUUUGCUUUUCAAUGAUUUCGUCUGAAUAUUGACCGAUGAUUUUGUUUUUGAAGGUCACAGCGAGAAGUUGAUAUCAUUUUUUAUAUUUAUAUAAAAUUUCUUAAAAGGGGUUCGGAGUCAAAGCUGAGUCAUAAUACGAAAUGCUAGAUCUUAAUCUCAAUGUCGCGUCGCCUGAGUCGACUCAGGGAUUGGACUCGGCGGCACCUUUUACUGAUGAGCUCAACAACGAAGGUUCAAGGAACCAAAUGGACGAAUCCGGGACCUCGAAUUCGUCAAUCGUCAACGAAGACGACGAGUCGUGCUCGACACGCGCCAGCGGGCAGGCGUUCACUCUGAGUUUCGACAUACUCAAGGUCGGAAGGAAGAGCCGGAACCACGAGGCGGCAUUAGUGGUUACCAGGGAACUGUUUCCGGUGAAGGGAAUCGGAGCGGAUUUCGGAAGCUCUGAAGCUCAGAGCUCGGGAAACAGUAGCAACAAGAGCAAAUGGAUCGAUCUUUCAUUCGAGAGAAAAGAGGCUGCUGCUGAGCCGCGAGUGAUGCAACAACAACAACCUUUACAGACGGUGAAGAAAAGCCGUCGGGGACCUCGCUCUAGAAGCUCACAGUAUCGAGGUGUUACUUUCUACAGAAGAACUGGACGAUGGGAAUCUCAUAUCUGGGAUUGCGGGAAACAAGUAUAUUUGGGUGGAUUUGACACUGCUCAUGCUGCUGCCAGAGCCUAUGAUCGAGCGGCUAUUAAGUUUCGAGGUGUUGAUGCUGAUAUCAAUUUCAGUCUCUGUGAUUAUGAGGAUGAUAUGAAACAGACGAAGGAUCUGAGUAAGGAAGAAUUCGUGCAUGUCCUUCGUCGGCAGAGUACUGGUUUUUCGAGGGGAAGCUCGAAAUAUCGAGGAGUAACGUUGCACAAAUGCGGCAGGUGGGAAGCACGGAUGGGGCAGUUCCUAGGCAAAAGGGCUUAUGACAAGGCAGCUAUCAAAAGUAAUGGACGGGAGGCAGUCACCAACUUUGAGCUGAGUACAUAUGAAGGGGAGAUGGUCUUUGAUACCAGGAACAAAGGCAAUGGUCACAACCUUGAUCUGAACCUGGGGAUAUCUCCACCUGUUAGCGAUGGUCCCAAGGAAAAGGAAAAUGCGGGGCAUCUCCAAAUGAAUAACGGAAAGAGUUUAAGGGCAGAGAACCCUGCAGCUGCAACAUUUAGUGUUCCAUCUUUCCAAGGGUUAGCGGGGACUUCAGAUCAGCCUAUUUUCUGGAAUAGUGCAUAUCCGAGAUUCUUCCCUAGUGAGGAAAGAACUAUGGUGAAACCGGUUGAAUUCGAUCCUCCACAACGUGUCCCUGAUUGGCCGUGGCAAAUGCACGGUCAGGUCAGUACUACGCUAAUGCCACUGUUCUCUCAUGCAGCAUCAUCAGGAUUCUCAUUCUCAGCUACCCCUCCUCCAACCACCACUGCCAUUCUUCCAUCCAAACCUCAAAACACAACAGCAGUCCACAGUCUAUGUUUUGCUGCCUCAACCACCAACGCCAUCAACACCCCUCAACAUCGUCAAUCGUAAGUUCCAAUUGUACCACAACGACGGCGAUUACAACAAUAAUUUAAAUAUUGAUUCAAUAUACAUUAAGACAUGGUAGUUUCUGACUUGGUCCGUGAACUAAAAAGAGUAUAUACUCUCUGUCUAGCAUUAAGGCAUGUAGGACCACAACUUUCAUAUAUGGUGAUUCUUAUGUGGUGCAUAAAGGCAUAUCAUCAGGAA